AUGGUCCCCAUCCGCUCGUCUCCCGUCGUCAAUCGCUCCAAGCGACAGCCGUGGCUGUCCCUCCUUCUCCUCAUCACCACAUUCUCCAACGACUGUCAUGCUUCUGUUACGUCCAAGACCAAGAUCAAGACGCCAGCCACUCUAGCGCCCGAGAGCGUCGUCGAACCUCUUGACGGGGCAUUCGCUACCAUCCUGUAUGACUAUGGAGAAGACAGCGAGGCGCUGUUGCUGGCCACGCGCGUGCUCAUGCGCAGUAUCAAGGACUCCCAUACCAAGUACCGCCGCCUGGUGAUCGUGCCGCAGGACGGACUCCAGGAGAGCAGUGAGCAGACGCUCAAGAGCGACGAUCCGGACGUUGAGAUCGUGCGCACAUCCAUGCCCAAUGUGUUCCGGUACAUGCCGCUCACUGACCAUCGCUCGCAGCUGCUGCAUAUGCGGAACAAACUGGUGAUUUGGGACGACCCGCGGAUCUCGGCGCUCAAGCGCGUGGUGUAUCUCGAUCCGGAGAACCUCGUGCUGCGGAACUUGGACGAGAUCUUUGCCUGCCAUCAGUUGUGUGCCGUGGACAACGGACAGUCGGUCGUGUACUCGAACGGACUGCUCGUUAUUUCGCCCGAGUGCCUUGCUGCACGGAACUUGUACUCGGAUGCGAUCGAUGGGUUCAUGAUCACGGGACGCGAGUACAAUUACAUUGGCAUUAUCCAGGGCUUCAUACCCGGUUUGUUUGAAGCGUUUGAGGAGAGUCCGCUCUUUUUUCUCGGAGGGGAUAGAGGCAAGAAGGAUGAUGAAAGUGAUGGCGCGGACGAUGCUGAUGAUGCAGGCGAAGCAGACGACCAUUCCAUCGUCCAUCGGCUGCCGUUCUACUACAGUAUCAACCACAUGGUUUUCUACGAGCGCAUGAACUGGGACCUGUACAAAUGCAAGGACAAGGAUCUGGCGACUGGAGAGAUCCCUGGCCCGUUGCUGAGUUACAAGUACAGCGGAGCGACGAUCAAGCCGUGGUUCUGGCUGCCAUAUACCUAUUUCCAGGUGUUCUGGUACUGGCAGGAUGUGCGCGACCGUCUUGGAGAAAACCACUUUGGCUACUUCCUUGAGAAAGUGAUGUCCGCCUUUGUGAUUGCGGCCUUUGUUUGGGUUGCCUACGUUUCACUCUGCUUGAAGCUGUUUAAUGAGCCUAGUGGACGACCAAGACGUUUGUCAAGCUCGGGAACACCUGCUCCUGGUAAUGCACAGCCGUUUGACGUGUUCAAUUCGCGUGCGGUGCGUCGAGCCUGUCAGUUUUCGUGCAACAUCUUGCAUGCCGUAGCAUCCAUGCCCCUCGUCUCGGCCUUCUCGAUCGUCGGGCUGCUCACCUGGUGCAGCAUUCAGGUGAUUCCUACGACAAUGCAACCAAGCUACGCAGGCAAGCUCUGGCUGAUCGUACACGAUCUGAUGCUAACCACGCUAUUGCUCGUAUUUGCAGUAGCGCACACGCUGCGUACUGCUCAUUGGAAAACGGACGAAGUGCCUGCGAUUUCCGAGUUACUAGUGGGUGGAGUCUACUGGUGUCUUAAGAAGCUGCCGCUCUUGGUAUUGGCGCAGCUUCAGUUUCUUUACGUGCUCAGGCGGACGGAUUGGUUCCAAGACCCGGUGCUUCGUCCAGUGAUGGCCAUUGUCUUCUUCACUGUUGCUCUCUCCGUGGAAAGUCGUAUCCUUAUUGUCGAGAUGCACCGUGUCACUCGGAACUAG